AUGUCAUCGUUGGCGAAGCAGGUAAGCAGUACCAGUCUUGACAAAAACAGCACCGUUAACAUUAUAUUUUCGUUGGUUAAAAGAGAGAGUGAACCUGUCAGUAAGAAGUACGAGGACAAGAAAGCAGGUGAGGAUGCGGAAGACGUUCCAGUUGAUCUGAAAAAUGUCUUUACUAGCGAUAAUGAGAAAACUCAGUCAAGUAUAAUGGCUGGGAUGAGGUUGUACGUAUGUCUUUUCGCACUUGUAUUGGCCCAAUUGAUCGUUGCUUUGGAUGUUUUCAUUGUCAAUACAGUUAUUGACGUUGUUUCCAAGAAUUUGGGAGGUUACGCCAAGAGUGGUUGGCUGAUUACUGGUUACAGUUUGCCUAAUUCGUUGUUAAGUUUGAUAUGGGGAAGGGCCACCUCUUUAUUGGGGUUUCAAUCGAGCAUGUUGAUCUCAAUCUUUAUCUUCGAAGUCGGAUCGAUCGUUUCAGCUACUGCUACUUCGAUGAAUAACCUUGUCGUCGGGAGAGUCGUGGCUGGUAUCGGUGGUAGUGGUCUUCAAACUGUGAGUAUGAUUAUUGGUUGCUCGUUAGUUGAAGAAAGAAACCGUACCAUAGUCAUAGCGGUCAUUAUGUCUGCGUUUGCAGUUUCGUCGUUAAUCGGACCCUUCAUCGGUGGUGCUUUCACAACACAUGCUACUUGGAGGUGGUGCUUUUGGAUUAGUUUGCCCGUCGGAGGUUCUGCUGCAUUUUUAUUUUUCUUUACUUACAACCCUGAGAGGUUAUCAAUAACAGCAAGAUUAGUACGUUGCUUGAAACUAGUUAAAGCAAUUCCGUUAAAACAAUUCCAAUACGUUGAAACCUAUAAGACUAUUGUCAGGAAUUUGGUUUUCAGAUUUGAUCUCAUUGGGUUUACCCUAAACUGUACUGGUAUUUGUUUGUUCUUACUUGGUUUAACGUUUGGUUCUGAGGAUAAUUCAUGGAAAAGAGCUUUCGUCGUAUGUUUCCUCGUCAUUGGUGGCUUACUUGUCGUAUGUUCGGUUGUGUAUGACUUCUACAUCUUUGAUCGGAUUAAUCCAGAACCAGCAAAUGCUUCUUAUAGACCUUUAAUGGUUAGGACUUUGAUCGGUCACAAAUAUUUCUUACUUGCUAAUACCGUAACGUGUGCAGCAGCUGUGGUGUUUGCUGGGUACAUGGUUUAUUCCGUGCAAUUUUUCCAGUUAGUUUUAGGUUACACCGCAUGGAAUGCAGGCUUGCAUUUAAUCCCCCUAGUUAUCGCUUCCCUAUUAUCUGCUAUUUUCUGUGGUGGUUUUACUAAGAAGACUGGUCACGUUAAAUAUGUGAUGAUCGCAAACAUAGCGCUACUAUUAAUUGGCAGUGGGGUGUGCACUUUAUUAGACAAUUAUUCAAACAAUUCUAUGCAGAUCGGUGUAUGGAUUCUACCAGGUUUUGGUUUAGGUGCUACUUUACAAUGUGCCCUUAUCAGUUCUCAGUUGCAAAUUGAUAAAAACAGCCCUGAUGCUAAAACUGAGCUAGUAGAAAUCACAGCGUUUAAUAGUUUCUGUAAAUCUUUGGGUUCCAGUAUUGGAGCAGUUUUAUCCACAACCACCUUUAUCAGCGCUUUAUGGCGAAAGAUCAACAAGGCAAAAUUAGAGGGCUAUUACGGUAAGAAGAUUAAUGAACUUGUGAAAUAUAGAUUACAAAACUUCGACGGAAAAUCCACUGAAGCUGCAGAGAUAUUUAGUGCUGCUGUUACGUACGUCUUUUGGAUGUGUUAUGCUUUUUCAGCUCUGGCCUUCUUUUGUGCAUGCCUCUCAUCUAAUAGGAGGGUCGAAACAGAAAAGAAAGUUGCACAAGAAGAACAUGAUGGUUUACCAUCUAUCCCGGAAUUCAAACAAGGGACCACUGUUUAA